UAUUUUGUCAUUCUUUUAGGUUAUUUGAUGGCAGACUGCCCAUAAUGGGUGUGAUGGACACAGCCAUGAUCAAAACCAUCCUGGUGAAGGAAUGUUACUCUGUGUUUACCAACAGACGGGACUUUGGGUUGAACGGGGAGCUCCACGACGCUGUAACAACCGUAGAAGACGAUGAGUGGAAGAGAAUCCGCAGCACUCUGUCUCCCUCCUUCACCAGUGGACGACUCAAAGAUAUGUUCAUGAUAAUGACUCAACACUCCAGAAACCUGGUGAAGUUUCUGCAGAAGAAGGUAGACACGGAUGAGGUCCUGGAAGUUAAAGAAAUCUUUGGGGCCUACAGUAUGGACGUGGUGGCAAGUAGCGCGUUCAGUGUUGACAUUGAUUCUAUCAACCAACCCAACGAUCCCUUAGUCGUCAACGUAAAGAAACUACUGAAAUUCAACCUGUUAAAUCCUCUCCUAAUCUUAGUAGUGUUGUUCCCGUUUAUGCGUCCUCUCCUGGAAAUGUGUAAUGUCUCUUUCCUACCUGCUGGUGCUAUGAAAUUCUUCUAUUCCUUCCUGAGGAAGAUCAAAGCAGAGAGGAGCAAGAAUGUACACAAUACCAGAGUGGACUUAAUGCAGCUGAUGGUGGACUCUCAGAUCCCACAGGACCACAGGUCCAAGGAGGCUGCACACAAAGGGCUGACGGACCAUGAGAUCCUGUCCCAGGCGUUGACAUACAUCUUUGGGGGCUAUGAGACCAGCAGCAGCACACUGGGUUUCCUAUCCUAUAACCUGGCAACAAACCCUGACGUCCAGGCUGCCCUGCAGGAUGAGAUCGACCAGAUCUUCCCCGACAAGGCUCCGCCCACCUAUGAAGGGCUGAUGCAGAUGGAGUAUCUGGACAUGGUCAUCAACGAGACCUUGCGGGUGUAUCCCAUCAUCAGCCGGCUAGAGAGGGUUGCCAAGGCGACCGUGGAGGUUAAUGGUGUGCCCAUCCCCAAGGGAACUGUUGUCAUGAUCCCAAUCAUGGUCCUUCACCACCACCCAACACACUGGCCCAAACCUGAAGUCUUUCGACCAGAGAGGUUCAGUAAGCAGAACAGAGAGAACAUUGAUCCCUACACCUUCCUUCCGUUUGGGAUGGGGCCCAGGAACUGUAUCGGCAUGAGAUUCGCCCUCCAGACCAUUAAGCUGGUGACAGUGGAGAUCCUCCAGAGCUUCAGUUUUGUCACCUGCAAGGAGACAGAAGUUCCUCUGGAGCUGUUUGACAACGGCUUCCUCGCCCCAACGAAGCCCAUCAAGCUGAAGCUGGUCCCCCGUGUUGUGGCCCCCAGCCAGGAUUGAGAGGAGAGGCACAGGACAGAAGGUAAAGUGUUCCUCUGGGGUUCUGGCACAUUGUCUGAGGGGCGUGUCUCCUAUCUCAAUGUCCGCUCCAGUGAGAUCCAUCCAGGAGUGGCUGAUCCUGUGCAGUUCCCAGACAGACAUUAUGAAGGCAGUAGAAAGAAAGAGGACAUACGAGUUCUGAGGCAAAGGGCCCACGUGUCUUUCUUGUCCCAAUUAACCUGUAGUUGUGUUCCUAGUCUAUAGAGAAACACUGAACCUCUGGUGGUGUUACUAGUUGUCUAUAGAGAAACACUAAACCUGUAGUGGUGUUACUAAUUGUCUAUAGAGAAACACUGAAACUCCACUGGUUUAGAGUGCUGGUGAGACCAUAUGGAGAACCUGUAGUUUUGGUGCCUUGUUACCAGUUGUUCCUUGCAACUGUGACAGCCCAUUUCGGGUUCUUCUGAAGUCUGCACUUGUUCACUUCCUCCUCCCAAGUUUUCAAAAGCAUUGGAUUGGUCAUUGGUAUGUGGAAGACAGUGCUUCAACCUGGGUCAUCAGUCAGUCAAUGCACCAAAACGGUAUUAUCCCACUGAGCUAAGGCCUUGGCAUUAGUUUGAGGAGCUAAUGAAAAGUCAAACCUUCACAUCUCAGGGAAGGUUACACAUUACAUGUGUGAAAGGGACAGGAAAGCUAGACUGAAGGUUCUGUCAAGGGUUCCAUCCAUUGGCCACAAGGGGGAGUAUAAGAACCAUGUUAAAAAAUACACUGCCAUACUCAGAGAGUAGUCAAAUCAAAUCAAUAAUUAUUUUAUAGUCAGGUCCAAUAGCACAGUUCUGACAGGAAAAUGUUAAAAUGUACAAUAGAAGAAGACGAUUUCCCUUCCAGGUAAUAGGCCAUUUAUAGUAUUGAUUGAACCUAUUUUUGUGAUUUAAAAUCAUGUGAUGUCUUCUUGAUACUAACUAGGCUAUGUGUUCUGGUUUAUGAGCAUGUGCAACAAAUGGAAUUUCAACAAAUUAUACAAGACAUAGGCCUAUAGGCAUUGGUACAGUCAAACUUCAACAGGUAGCCUUAAGCGAAUAGAAGUGAUAGCUCUGACAUAUUGUUCAAGUAGGGGAGAGUGAGCUAAGAUGAGCCAUUUUUUACAUUCAGCAUCAGUCCAUCAAGGGGAAUAUAUACUGAGCAAACAUAACAUGUAAAGUGUUGGUCCCAUGUUUCAUUCUAAAAAAUGUUGUGUACAGAUUUGUUUCCAUCCCUGUUAGUGAGCAUUUCUCCUUUUCCAAGAUUAUCCAUCCACCUGACAGGUGUGGCAGGUGGAUGGGGACAAUAAAAGGCCACUCUAAAAUGUGUAGUUUUGUCACACAACACAAUGCCACAGACGUCUCAAAUUUGAGGGAGCGUGCAAUUGUCAUGCUCACUUCAGGAACGUCCACCAAAGUUGUUGGCGGAUAAUUUAAUGUUCAUUCCUCUACCAUAAGCUGUCUCCAGUGUUGUUUUAGAGAAUCUGGCAGUACGUCCAACUGGCCUCACAACUGCAGACCACGUGUAACCACGCCAGCCCAGGACCUCAACAUCCAGCUUCACUACCACAGACCACGUGUAACCACGCCAACCCAGGACCUCAACAUCCAGCUUCUUCAUCUGUGGGAUCGUCUGAGAUCAGCCACCUGGACAGCUGAUGAAACUGAGGAGUAUUUCUGUCUGUAAUAGAGCCCUUUUGUGGGGAAAAACUCAUUCUGACUGGCUGGGCCUGGCUCCCCAGCGGCUAGGCCUGGCUCCCCAGCGGCUGGGCCUGGCUCCCCAGCGGCUGGGCCUGGCUUCCAAGUGGGUGGCCCUAUUCCCUCCCAGACACACCCAUGGCUGAGACCCUUCCCAGUCAUGUGAAAUCAGUAGAUUAGGGCCUAAUGAAUUUAUUUUGAUUGACUGAUUUCCUUAUAUGAACUGUAACUCAGUGAAAUCAUUGAAAUUGUUGCAUGCUAAGUUUAUAUUUUUGUUCAGUAUAGUAUUAUUUUCAACAAAGAUAUAUACAUACAGUACCAAACAAAGUUUGGGCACAUCUACUCAUUCAAGGGUUUUUACUUAUUUGUACUAUUUUUUACAUUGUAGGAUAACAGUGAAGUCAUCAAAAUGAUGAAAUAACACAUAUGGAAUCAUGUAGUAACCAAGAAAGUGUUAAUCAAAUCAAAAUAGAUUCUUCAAAGUAGCCAUCCUUUGCCUUGAUGACAGCUUUGCACACGCUUGGCAUUCUCUCAACCAACUUCAUGAGGUAGUCACCUGGAAUGCUUUUCCAACAGUCUUGAAGGAGUUCCCACAUAUGCUGAGCACUUGUUGGCUGCUUUUCCUUCACUCUGCGGUCCAACUCAUCCCAAACCAUCUCAAUUGGGUUGAGGUUGGGUGAAUGUGGAGGCCAGGUCAUCUGAUGCAGCACUCCAUCACUCUCCUUCUUGGUCAAAUAGCCCUUACACAGCCUGGAGGUGUGUUUUGGGUCAUCGUACUGUUGAAAAACAAAUGAUAGUCCCGCUAAGCUCAAACCAGAUGGGAUCGUGUUUCACUGCAGAAUGCUGUGGUAGCCAUGCUGGUUAAGUGUGCCUUGAAUUCUAAAUAAAUCACAGACAAUGUCACCAGCAAAGCACCCCCACACCAUCACACCUCCUCCAUGCUUCAUGGUGGGAACCACACAUGCGGAGACCAUCCUUUCACCUACUCUGCGUCUCACAAAGACACAGCGGUUGGAAACAAAAAUGUAAAAUUUGGACUCAUCAGACCAAAGGACAGAUUUACACCGGUCUAAUGUCCAUUGUCCGUGUUUUUUGGCCCAAGCAAGUCUCUUCUUAUUAUUGGUGUCCUUUAGUAGUGGUUUCCUUGCAGCAAUUUGACCAUGAACAGUUGAUGUUGAAAUGUGUCUCUGACUUGAACUCUUUGAAGCAUUUAUUAGGGCUGCAACUUGAGGUGCAUUUAAUUGCCGAUUUCUGAAGCUGGUAACUCUAAUGUACUUAUCCUCUGCAGCAGAGGUAACUGUGGGUCUUCCAUUCCUGUGGCGGUCCUCAUGAGAGCCAGUUUCAUCAUAGCUCUUGAUAGUUUUUGCAAUUACACUUGAAGAAACUUUCAAAGUUCAAUAUUGACUGAUCAUGUCUUAAAGUAAUGAUGGACUGUAGUUUCUCUUUGCUUGUUUGAGCUGUUCUUGCCAUAAUAUGGACUUGGUCUUUUACCAAAUAGGACUAUCUUCUGUAUGCCACCCCUACGUCACAACACAACUAAUUGGCUCAAAUGCAUUAAGAAGGAAUGAAACUCCACAAAUGAACUUUUAACAAGGCAUACCUGUUAAUUAAAAAUGCAUUCCAUGUGACUACCUCAUGAUGAUGGUUGAGAGAAUACCAAGAGUGUGCAAAGCUGUCAUCAAGGCAAAGGGUGGCUACUUUGAAGAAUCUCAAAUCUCAAAUGUAUUUUGAUCUGUUUAACACUUUUUGAUACUACAUUAUUUCAUAGUUUUGAUGUCUACACUAUUAUUCUGCAACGUAGAAAAUAGUAAAAAUAAAGAAAAACACUUGAAUGAGUAGGUGGCUUGAAACUUUUGACUGGUAGUGUAUGUUUCAGGAUGUAGAGUAUCCCUGGAAAUAAUCAGAAUUCAUGUUAAGUUAACAUGACAGUUUUGACAACAUAGCUUGUCAAAAAAAGUGGUCUCUUGGCACAUCUUAGUCCGGGUAUGGGUUAAGUUGAGCCACGGGACAGGAUAAGUUAAGCCACGGGACGGGAUAAGUUAAGCCACGGGACGGGUUAAGUUAAGCCGCGGGACGGGAUAAGUUAAGCCACGGGACGGGAUAAGUUGAGCCACGGGACGGGAUAAAUUAAGCCACGGGAUGGGAUAAGUUGAGCCACAGGACGGGAUAAGUUGAGCCACGGAACAGGAUAAGUUAAGCCACGGGACGGGUUAAGUUAAGCCACGGGACGGGAUAAGUUGAGCCACGGGACGGGAUAAGUUGAGCCACGGGACAAGUUAAGCCACGGGACGGGAUAAGUUGGGCCACGGGACGGGAUAAGUUGAGCCACGGGACGGGUUAAGUUAAGCCACGGGACGGGAUAAGUUGAGCCACGGGACGGGAUAAGUUGAGCCACGGAACAGGAUAAGUUAAGCCACGGGACGGGUUAAGUUAAGCCACGGGACGGGAUAAGUUGAGCCACGGGAUAGGAUAAGUUGAGCCACGGGACGGGAUAAGUUGAGCCACGGGACGGGAUAAGUUGAGCCACGGGAUGGGAUAAGUUGAGCCACAGGAUGGGAUAAGUUGAGCCACAGGACGUGAUAAGUUAAGCCGCCUACAAAUUUCAGUAUGGAAUGAAAUAUUACCUCUACCUUUUUAAAACCAUGUCUUUAUUUCCCAAACAGAAUUCAACACAAUCACAAUAGCUUUUUUGUCUUUUAAUCAUUUUAUCAAUCUUUUAACACAGGCUUAACACCUAACAAACACGUUGUACACCUAACAAACACUUUAAACAUAGUCCAGGCCCUGUUCUUACCUCAUAUCCCAGCAACAAUGGGAGGAAAACACCUAAAUCUGCUUAAUUUGCCAUUUGCUCAACUUACCCCAUGGCAUUGGUUCAACUUACCUCACUGCAAAAAUUUGGACUAUUUUAUCACAAACAGCUGCAAGGAUGCCCUUUCACGCUAGGUUUAGGAUCUCAUAUUGAAGCUUAUAGAGACCCCAACAGAUGUAUAGAACAAUCUUUAAAGUAUCUACUUUGGUUUACACACAACUAUCAUGGAACUCUAACAAUCCAUUUAUUUGAUCAUCAAUUUUUUUUACCAAACUUGCUUACCACUUUUUACAUGUGUUUUCUUCCUUCACAGACUACAUGAAAUGAUAACCUCUUUGUAAAUAUUUGGGUAAAUUAUACAUUUUGUGUAUGGUUUCCUAGAAAUAAGGGCCGCUCAACUUACCCCACUCUCCCACAGGCCUAUUAGAUUGCUAAUUGGGUGACCCUGUGUUGAAGCCAACGCGACUCCAUCUGGGCACUUCCCCAUUUUGGAAGCAAUAAAAAUGCAUGUAUUAUUGUCUACAUUUGUUUAGCCACAUUUAUUCUAUGAAUUUAUUCUAUUUUAUAUAUUCUGUGAGCUAAACAUAAAAUAUAUAUAAACAUUUCC